UUGGGUCGACUAAUGCCCUCGUUUGCGAAGGACUUGAGGCAUAUAUCCAAGGUUGAUAAGAUAUGGAGACUGGUUGAUGCCAAAGGUGAGAUCUUGGGUCGCGUAGGAAAUAUUGUCGCACACCUUCUUCAAGGAAAACACAAGCCUUAUUACGACCGGUCAGUUUUAUGCGGUGAUCCAGUUGUCGUCAUCAACGCACGUUAUGUGGAGCUGACUGGAAGAAAGUGGAAAACAAGAGUUUAUAAGAAGCAUUCAGGGUAUCCUGGCGGCUUGAAUGAGUUUCCAGCAAAGGAAUUAAUCAAGGAGAAACCAGAGGAAUUGAUAUAUGAGACUGUAAGACAUAUGUUACCAAAGAAUAACUUAGGGACGGAGAUGCUAGGAAUACUAAGAGUUUACCCCGAAAAAGAACAUCUUCAUGAAAACCAACAACUAGUGCCAGUGCCUCCUACUGGAAAGGAUAAAAGACUAACCGUUGAAGGAAUCCUUGAGCAAGAUGAGAAGGAAGAACUUUGGAGAAGAAUUCUAGUUUCUGUCCCACCUCAAGAACUGUCAAGACAAAUUAUGGAGAUCAAGCGCAAACUGAGCGAAAGCAGGAUAUCUCCUGAAGUAGUUUCAGAGAAGAAACUGAAGGAUUUGCUCAACUCCUACGAAACAGGCCCUCAUGGAGAAAAUAUAGCAAAAUACUUGCAGUAUAUAGGAGAUGAGGAUAUUCCAGUUGAGGAGACAAUAAAAGAUUUUUCCUAAAACUAUCGCGACUUUUUGGUCUUCGCCUUUCGUUUCAUUUUUCGUUUUUGAAUAUUUUGUUCACUCAUUUGUUGUCUUAUCUUUUGUCUUUCUUCUUCCGCCUUUUUCCGUUCUCCCCAGUCACGCUUACUCUUUCGCUUCCUUCUUUCCUUCUCCUUCCACCUACGUUUGAGAACUUUUUCAUCGUCCACAACUUUUUCCCCCCUAGUUUUCGCAAGGAUUGUAUGCAACUUUGCAUCUAAAGGAGAAGGUGCAUCUGAAACUCCAGGCUUUUCUUCGGAUGCAGCAACUGUCGCAUUGGAAGCUUGUUGCUCUACAGUUGAAGGUUUCGUUCCUGUAAGAGUCUUGUUUUGCGAUUUCUCCUUCAU